UAUCAUCACAAUGUGGAGGCUACUGCAAUCGUGCUGUUGCUGCUGGUGGAUUUUCUUGUUCGUUUGGCCAGCCUGCGUGCUCCUUUGGGCCGAUUGCCAUCCCGCACUGACAGGAAGCCAAGCCGAGUCCCAAGCCCCUGUCCUCGGCCUUCGCAGAGCCACAGCCGAUGGGACGCGACUCCGGAGAGCUGCCACAGAGGAGACCUACUGGGCCUACUCAGGUCUAUAUGGACCAGAUGAGGGCUGGGCGUCUGCCUAUCCAGAAUGCAGAGAGAGAAACCAGUCGCCAAUCAACAUUGUGGACCAUGAUACCAAAGUAUCCACAGAGUAUCAGGAACUGACACUGGAGGGCUUUGAUACUGAAUCCUCUAAUAAGACAUCGAUGAAGAACACUGGAAAAACAGUGGCAAUUAUGCUGAAGGAUGAAUACUUUGUUCGGGGAGCAGGCCUACCGGGGAGAUUUAAGGCAGAAAAAGUGGAGUUUCAUUGGGGUCCCAGCAACGGAUCUGAUGGCUCUGAACACAGCAUCAACAGCCGACGAUAUCCUGUGGAGAUGCAGAUCUACAUGUACAACUCAGAUGACUUCGACAGCCUCAGUGCAGCGCUCAGGGAGAAGAGGAUCAUUGCAGCCAUGGCUGUGUUUUUUCAGGUUGGAGGGAAGGACAAUCCUGCUGUCGACCCCAUAAUCCAUGGCCUGAAGGGCGUGGUCCAUCACGAGAAAGAGACGUUUCUGGAGCCGUUUGUGCUGAAGGACCUGCUGCCGUCCUCACUGGGAAGUUACUAUCGCUACACCGGCUCUUUGACCACUCCGCCCUGCAGUAAAGUGGUGGAGUGGAUCAUUUUCAGCAGACCUAUCUACGUCUCAUACAAACAGUUGGAAGCUUUCUACUCGAUCUUCACCACGGAGCAGCAGGACCAUGUUAAGUCAGUGGAGUAUCUGCGCAGUAACUUCAGGCCCAUCCAGAGCUUGGAUAAUCGCCAUGUCUUCAAGUCAGCAGUCAAAGAUGCCUGGCUACCCGACCUGACUGACAGUGCCAGUGGACCAUACGGCACAGAGGCUUCCAAAGUAUGUAGCAGCGCUCCCAUCAACAUGAAGGUGCAGCAUGUGAACAGCAGCGCUCUCGUGGUCCGCUGGGCUCGCCCAGAGAUCACCUACCACCCACCCAUCCUCCACUUCCUGGUGUCCUACAGCUGGACAACCCACGACGACAGCUAUGAAGAGACGCACCUCACAGAUCCCAAGCACAAACUGGAGGCUGUAAUUUCUCCUGUUUCCCCCGAUGUACUGUACCUGUUUCGAGUCCAGGCCGUCUGCAUGAAUGACAUGCGCAGUGACUUCAGCCAGAGCAUGCUCUUCAGAGCAAACACCACCAGGAUAUUUGAGGGAACGAGGAUUGUGAAAACUGGGAUGCCGACGGUCUCUCCGGCCUCCUCAGCCGACAUGGCGCCCAUUUCCUCUGGCUCAUCCACCUGGACCUCCUCAGGCAUCCCGUUCUCUUUUGUCUCCAUGGCGACAGGCAUCGGUCCUUCCUCCAGUGGUAGUCAGGCAACAGUGGCGUCCGUGGUGACCAGCACUUUACUGGCUGGGCUGGGCUUCAGUGGUGGUGUCAUCUCCUCCUUCCCCAGCUCUGUAUGGCCAAGCAGAGCACCGAGGCAUAAUCCCACCUCCAAUCACCAGACCGCCGAACCCGCCGAGCCUGCCAAAGAUACUGCCACCUCUGCUGUCACAUCAUCUGCUGCCAAUGAUUAUGGUGAGGCUAGGGGUGAGGACAGGGAGAACAGCAAGAGUCAAGGAGAGGAUGGAGAGAGGGAAGGAGAUGACAAGGAUGAAGAGGAUGAGGAAGAAGAGAAAGACAAGAAAAAGGAGAAGAAGGCAUCAAGACGUGUGGGGAAAGCAGGGAGUAAGGUCAACAACACAGUGGUGAAUGAGCCCCCGGGCAAGACAUCGGAGUCCACCGCAAAGGAGAAAAAACAGACUGAACCAGAUCCAACUAAAACGACACCUGGUGUCGAAGAACAACCAGAGACCUACACACACAAUCCACUUUACUCAGACCCCACUACCACCGCAGAGGCAGCCAAUGAAACAGCAGCACUCACUACCCCCAAGGACCCUGCACUGACAUUGAGACCCAGAGCAGGGAAAGACAAGAAGCACUGGUCUUUCUCCAUCCACACUGAUCAUCACAGUGUGGCGACCAACUUGACUGGCCAUGUAAGUCCAGGUCCUGGGGUGGCGCUGGGCCGUGUGGAGUGGCUGGUGCCUUUGUUGAUGGUCUCAGCUCUAACCUUCGUCUGCCUUGUCCUCCUGCUGGCUGUGCUUGUCUACUGGAGGCGCUGUUUCCAGACAGCCCAUUUCUAUGUGGAGGACAGCAAUUCACCCAGGGUGGUGCCCAAUGAGACGAUCCCUGUCAUCUCCAUCCCAGACGACAUGGAAGCCAUUCCAGUCAAGCAGUUCAUCAAACACAUCUCUGAACUCUACUCAAACAACCAACAUGGAUUCUCAGAGGAUUUUGAGGCUGUUCAACGGUGUACUGCUGAUAUGAAGAUCACAUCAGAGCACUCCAACCAUCCUGACAACAAGCACAAAAACAGAUACAUCAACAUAGUGGCCUAUGACCACAGCAGGGUGAAGCUGAGGCUACUGGCUGGGAAGGACUCCAAACACACAGACUACAUCAAUGCCAACUAUGUAGACGGUUACAAUAAGCCUAAAGCUUAUAUUGCGGCCCAGGGACCUCUCAAGUCCACUUAUGAGGACUUCUGGAGGAUGGUAUGGGAACAAAAUACGAGUGUCAUCGUCAUGAUUACCAACUUAGUGGAAAAAGGAAGGAGAAAAUGUGACCAGUACUGGCCAACAGAAAACAGUGAAGAGUACGGCAACAUGGUAGUAACACUGAAAAGCACCAAGGUUCAUGCCUGCUACACUGUUCGCUGUUUCACACUGCGCAACACUAAAGUCAAAAAGGGUGGGAAGGGGAACUCUAAGGCAGGGGCUCAGAAUGAACGGACAGUGCUCCAGUAUCAUUACACCCAGUGGCCAGACAUGGGUGUCCCAGAGUACACCCUGCCUGUCCUCACCUUUGUCCGCAGGUCCUCAGGGGCUCAGAUGCCUGAUAUGGGGCCCAUGCUUGUUCACUGCAGUGCUGGAGUGGGUCGGACGGGGACGUACAUCGUCAUCGACAGUAUGCUGCAGCAGCUCAAAGACAAGAGCACAGUAAAUGUACUCGGCUUCCUCAAACACAUACGCAGCCAGCGCAACUACCUAGUCCAGACAGAGGAGCAGUACAUCUUCAUCCAUAAUGCCUUGAUGGAAGCUAUUUUCGGGAAGGAGACAGAAAUUGCAGCUAGCCAGCUUCAAAGCUACUUCACCAGCAUCACAACACCAGGACACACUGGCCGGAUACGUCUGGAUAAACAGUUCAAGCUGGUAACGCAGUGCAAUUCCAGAGUCAUGGACUGCUUCAAUGCUCAGAAGGAGUGCAACAAAGAGAAAAAUAGAAAUUCAUCUGUCGUGCCAUCGGAGCGAGCUAGAGUCGGCCUGGCACCCUUACCUGGCAUCAAGGGCACCGAUUACAUUAAUGCAUCUUAUAUCAUGGGGUACUUCUGUAGUAAUGAAUUCAUAAUUACCCAGCAUCCUCUGCCCCACACCACAAAAGACUUUUGGAGAAUGAUCUGGGACCACAAUGCACAACUUAUUGUUAUGCUCCCUGCCAACCACGGACUGGCAGAAGAUGAGUUUGUGUACUGGCCCAGUCGGGAGGAGGCAAUGAACUGUGAGGCAUUUACUGUCACCCUCAUCAGUAAAGAUCGACUCUGUCUGUCCAACGAGGAGCAGAUCAGCAUCCAUGACUUCAUCCUUGAAGCUACACAGGACGAUUAUGUUUUAGAGGUUCGUCACUUUCAAUGCCCAAAGUGGCCGAACCCUGAUGCAUCCAUCAGCAGCACCUUCGAGCUCAUCAAUGUCAUUAAAGAGGAGGCGGCCACCCGCGAUGGACCAACUAUCGUACACGAUGAGUCAGUCUGUUAUUUAGUUUACUCAUAUAUUCUGUCAUCACGUCAAAACAUGGCUUCAUCAUUAAAUACAUACUGCUAUGAUGACAAACUACUGAGGUUCAUAAAGUACAACAGAAUCCCAAGACAAUAGAAAAUGACAGUGGCGGCUGUUGCUCAGGAGGUAGAGUGGAUCGUCCACUCACUAUCAUCCACGUAUUGUUACAGUGUAGAGAGCAGGUGGACCCAAAAAUGCAGAAGCCAAGUAGAAUAAUAAAAAGUGUCCUUUAAUAAAAGGCAAAGGUACUUACAGAAAUUAAUGUUCAAAAAACAAAGUCCAAAAAAAUCUACAACCACUGGGAGCAAAAGAAAACACUAGACAAGAACAAGAAAAAGUCACAAGCCAAGGAUAUGAAGGUGAAUGACUACGAAAAGAUUUAAGGCCAGUGAAAGAAGAACAAACUGACAAAGACAAAGGGAAGCACAGAGACUUAUACACACAGGACGACUGAACACAGGUGAGACACUUGUGGAACAAGUGCAGACAAUGACUGGGGCAGGAAACAGGACAAAGACAGGAAGUCAAGUUAGAAACAUAAGAAGCAAAACUUCAAAAUAAAACAGGAAACAGAACGUAGAAAGAAACAACUGAACAUAGUUGUGACAAACAAAACCAAAAACUCUUUAUCUAAGAGAGUCCGAAGCCUAAAGUCGUGGUUUGAUCCCCAGCACCUCCAAACCACAUGUCAAAGUGUCCUUGGGCAAGAUACUGAGCCCAAAUUGACCCGAUGAUCAUCUGUGUGUGU